AUGGAUUCACACUGCCUCCCAACAAAGUGCACCCGACAGCACCGCGACGCCGUCACAGCGUCCUACCCAUCGCCAAAGCGGUUGGACCGCUUUCGUUGGCUGCACAUCCCCAAAACAGGCACGUCCUUUGCAGCGACCUUGUACAGCUAUGCAUGCCCGCAGCUACCUCGAAAUGUAUCGCUGGCGCUACCGCCUGGACUGCGUGGAAGUCUCGUACAAACGUUUGAGCAGCUGUAUCCCUUUGAGCAAUCUUCUUGCAACGGCAGUCAAUGGAUUGGCAAACGCGCUGGCCACUCCCCCAUCACCCCAAAAGAACUCCGCACUGGCGAGACGCGGGUGGAGGACAUUGUGACCAUGGUGCGGGACCCGAGGCUUCGGCUGUGGAGUGCAUAUCGGUACGGGAAGCACGCGCACGGCAUGCUACAGCCGGAGUGGGAGCGAAUGGAUGCAGAGACGCACAGCGUGCGCGAGUUUGCUCGGUGGCCAGGCGUUGCCGGCUGCCAGGUGAAGAUGCUCACGGGCCACGUGUGCGCUUCUCGCGUGGACGUGACAGACGCCCUGACCGACGAGGCAAUACGGGUGAUGCAGGCGGCUGCAUUCGUCGGCAUCACGGAGCUCUGGGGGGAGUCCAUCUGCCUGUUCCACGCCAAGUUUGGUGGGCGCGUGCACGAUGCGCAGUUUGUCAACCUGCGCAACACGACCACCUUCCAGCGCGUGCUCCCGCGCCGCCCGCCACGCGCACACAGGCUCACACCCGAGGACGAUCCGCACGACUGGCGCCUCUUCCAAGCCGCCAUGCAGCGCUUCCGGCGAGACCAGCUCACAUACGCCGUCCCCGUGCCCAGAGGGACAUGA